CAUCCUGAGUGUAGGAUGAUCAUGACUGAGGAAGUGGCAAUAAAUGGUCACCGGAUGCGUGCGCAUGACAAGCCGCCAAGCGAUAUUCUCAGGUACAUGCCAGUGUUCAUCGAGUUGCGCGUAGUCUGCAUGUAGGCCAGACACUGUUUUUUUGUGAACCUACCCAGGCAUAGCUAUCCAUCACUCUCCGCCUGAUAUUGGUGUCCGCCUGACAUUUUACGAAAGCUCGAGAAAGACAUCCCUCUUCCCUCCGCGAUGGCGAGCUUUUCGUCGGUAAGAAAUGGGCAGUCUUGUCCAGCGAACGCCAUCAGGGCCCCGGACAGGAACAAUUCCGUGGUGUGCUUGUGGCAGGAAAAGGAAACCGGAACCUUCGGGCGCGGCGACGUCAACCAUCACCAGAGUGGACUCCAGGCGUGGUUCCCCUGGGGUGGAAAAGAGUACGACUCCCAGAGUCUGUCUCGCUUCGACGUGCUCGUGGGAAACAAUCAGCAUCGAUACGCUUGGCUCCGAGUAACAAAGGUGAACAGGGAACCCAGGUUCCAACCAUAUGUCAUCAACGGAUAUUCACCAUGUGUUAUCAACGGUCUUCUUGGUAAGGCUAAGAUCAGGGGGUUAGAGGGCUGGACGUCGUGGGGUGGAGAGGAAACCCAUCAUCGGGGUGACGAGAUCUACAGAAGUUUGGUGUUGUGUGUUCUGCCAAAAUCACUCGCUGCCAACAUGGUCUACUGCUACACUGGCCAAAAUCUGCCUCGAGAAGCAAUACGGGCAGACGGAUGCCAGCAAGGUUCCUACGUAGCUCACUGGAAUGGAGCAGAGCUGGGUACCUUUGGUCGGGCAAGUCUCAACGCCCAUCGAGCAGGACUGCAAGCUUGGUUCCCUUACGGCGGGAAGGAGCAUGACUCUCAGACCAUUGGCUCAUUUGAAAUUGCGUGCAAGAAUUACGAUUUCGACUACAGUUGGGAACCCAUAGAGAAGGUCCAAAAGAGCCCUUGGCUUUACGAAGUAUUGGAAAAUGGCGGCUACUGCCCAGCGAUCAUCAAUGGUCUUCUUGGGAAGGCUGACAUCAAGAGAGGCAUGGCUUGGACCUGCUGGGGUGGUGUGGAGACUGCCCACACGGGCCAGCCGUUCAAGACGGCACGCGUCCUAUGCGCCAAGAUGAAGAUGGACUAAAAACGUAUAGAUUUGUAUAAGUGUCCAGUUCUUGACUUUGAAACCAAGGACGGCUUACAAAUCUACAAUAAUACAUAAAGGACGUGUUUAUUCUGAUUUUUAUUUUAAACCUUUUUAUAUCUUUUUAUAUGUCGAACCUGUUCUUUAGAAUUUACAGCUUGUCUGGACCAAGAAAUGAUGAUAUUCAUUCUAGGGCAAAUACGUGGACGGCAAUUGAAGAAGAAGCGAUGCAUCAAGGACAAUCGGAGCGCAUGCAAUGGGCAAAGUCGUCUUUGUGGCAUCCGGGCGUUUUAAAAAGUGGUCAUCACAUAAUUUGGCCAACACCAAGCUUUUAGUUGCUAGUUUUUAAAAAACGUAACAUAUUUUAUACAAUAAUCAAGAAAUAGAAACAUGAAGUCUAGACCCCCUAACAUAAAAUAUACAUGUAUUGAUCUGAGAGAUGGUGCAAUGCUCUCGUCAGUGAGAACUACAUGUAUGACAAGACGUUUUUAAGUUUUUAAGUUUUUUAAUCGAUCAUUUUCGUCCGACACAAACUACAUUUAUACUAACUGUUCUAAGGCUUUAUUGGGUUGAAACAUUGAUAUCGUUCCUAAAGUGACUUUGAGUGUCGCCAUAUUAGAAGCAAUCCAAAAGCCUUCUAUGGGUAGAUUAUUUUCAAGAUGAACAGAUUUGCACAGUUAUUCGUUGAAUAGUAAAAUAAAAGUGUCGGAGGGAAUCUAUUCUUUUAAAAACUCGUCCAUAUAUCUAUACAUUGUAUAUCGAUAUACAGUUUUCUGAAGGUUUGUUCGAUGACAGUGGUUUGGUGUGGUUUUGACUCUCUGUAUACAUUGCUGGGUUGGAAAUCGGGAAAUGUCAUAAUAAAAGGUUGCCUUACUUGCCUAUCUUUUCUCCUUAAUGGAGAGAAAAUUUGAAGUUUUGAUUUUAUUGCACCAGUGUUUUUUGUUUAUGAAUACAUUGUGGCAAUUCGCUAUCAGAUUGAAUCAUAUUUGGCGAUAUCGGGCUAUCUUCCUGAUGAAUAGUGCCAUUUUGAUUCUAAACUACAUGUCCUAUGACAAUUGACGAUGCAUAGAUGCGUGUAGGUACACACGUGUUCGUAAAUGAAGAUUCAUGCUCAAUAAAAGUGAGAAAAUGUU